AUGGGUGUCCUCAAGUUUCUCGCUCUCGCUGCCGUUGCUGUAGCCGCCCCAGUGGAGGAGCGCGCGAAGAAGCCUAAAAGUUUUUUGAAAGAGGUUGGAAACUCGACUUGGGUCCUUGGGAAUCAGAUCUGGAAUGUUACCCAGAACCGACAAUAUGCAAAUAAACUCUUCUACAAGGGAAGCGACAGGGUUGGCAAGGCGGUUGGCCAUUAUGUGAGCUACAAUGGAGCUGCUUCCGACCUCAACUGGACAUCCGCCGUCAUUGCAGAUUCGGGCAGCGACUGGAUCAACGUGAAGUUCACCGCCAAGGAGGGCGACUUCCACUGGGUGAUCUACGACGACCUUCCAGGCGCAUACCAGUACUUUGUCAACCACGCGCUUCCCACGCUUGGUGAAUUUAGGACGCUUUGGCGCCUAGAUAACGCUUCUUUCCCGCGUGGCCGUACGAAUAUUAAGGAUGGUGUGCUUCCCGCCCUCGAUGAGUACCGUGGCGCAACCAACGUGCAGGAUGAAACAUGGCAGAAAGCCGAUGGCUCGUUCCUCACCAAGUACGACUGGAGCGCAUUCGUUAGGGAUAUGGACUUUUAUGGUGUGUACGGUGACGAGGUGGGAAGUUGGUACUUCAACCCUGGGAAGGACUAUUAUAAUGGUGAUCAAUUGAAGCAGGAACUUAUGGUUCAUCGCGAAUCCAAGACCGGCGACGCAGUACAGCUUAACAUGAUCCACGGAACUCACUACCAAGCGCUUUCCCGCGACGUUUUCGCUGACGGCAAAGUCUGGGGGCCUUGGCUGUGGUAUCUCAACGACGGGUCAAAAGACGAUGCAGCAAAACGCGCCGAGGAAGAGGAAGGCGCAUGGCCGUACAAGUGGUUUGAAGACAAGGCAUACCAGUCCCGAGGCAAGAUUCAGGGCAAGCUGAUUCUUAGCGAUGGACGACCUGCUGCGGGAGCAGCCGUCUUCCUUGGUGACAACAACUCCAACCUCUCUACGCUUGAUCAAGGCAAAGAUUACUACUACACCACCUAUGCAGACUCGGAUGGCAAGUUUGACAUCCAUGACAUUCGCACUGGCACGUAUGCGCUCUAUGCGUGGGGAAACGGCGGCAAGAUCGCAGACGUGACUACGAAUUUCACGCAGAACGAAGUCGUCAUUCGGGAGGGAAAGAACACCAACCUCAAGGAUCUGACAUGGAAGGUUACCGACAAGAAGGACCGCAUCUUCCAAAUCGGUGACUUCGACCGUAAGACCGAUGGCUUCAAGCUCAGCGGCCCCACCCCCUUCGAACACGGCCGCAUCUCCAAGUGCCCUGCGAACCUCACAUACACCGUUGGCACGAGCAAGGCAGCGGAUUGGUGUUUUGGCCAGGCUCUCAACGGAACGUGGAGUAUCGUCUUCCCUGUCAAGGCCGUUCCCUCUGCUGCUAAGUUGACUGUUUCGCUUGCAGGCUUCUCGCAGGGUACCAGCGCGACUGUUUUGCUCAACAAUGUAAAAGUCGGCAAUAUCACGAGUGCUAGUCUUGUGAAUAGCCAAGAUACGUAUCGUGGAGCGACGCGAGCGGGCGAGUGGCGGUUAUUGGAGUUCCCUGUUACGAAAGAGGGGCUCAAGCAGGGUGAUAAUAGGAUUGACGUCAAGGUGGAAAAGGCAUCGCAGUGGCGUGGCUGGCUUUGGGACAGCAUAUUGUUGGAAGGUAUAUAA